ACAGCUGAAAUUACCUUGUUGCUCUGCUUCAAUUCGUCUUUUUGCUGUUUUGUCCUGCUGAUAAGUGUGCAGUUACCAUGAUUAUGCCAUGUAAACUAGCUUCGGUAAAAUGUUUGACCUGUUUUUAUGAGAUUAUUGUUUAUACUGAGGUGUAGGUAGGGUUUAACCAAAAAAAUAAAAAUAAAACAAAAUACAUAAUACAUCAUCCUAGGGUUUAACCCAAAAGCCCAUCAUUCUCUUCAACCAUGAGCGAAGACACUUCUUUUUUGUUCUCUGGCCUGCAUUUUGAUAGGAAGAAGUUCGCCAAAGACUUCUCCAGAUUCAAGGAGAAGGAAAAUAGUGAUGACCUGAUAGAGAACUUGAGCUUGGUUGAAGUGGAAAAAGAGGAAGAGAAGAAAGUGUCUACGAAGAAGAGGAAGCGAAACGCAGCGGUUUCUGAAGAAACCGUAGAGGGUUUCACCGUCUUUAAGAAUUCGAAAUCAGCAUCAGUAGAGAAUGAGCAAGCUAAAAAAGAAUCCUCUCAGGAGAAAAAGAAACUUAAUAGGCAACUUGAGCAAGAUGCAAUUUUUCGGAAGAAGUACAACAUUCAUGUGUCUGGGAAUAAUGUCCCCUGCCCACUUCAGAAUUUCACAGAACUAAGCUCUAGAUAUGGAUGCAGGUCAAAAUUAUUACGCAAUUUGGCAGAACUUGGAUUUAAAGAACCAACACCAAUUCAAAGGCAGGCUAUACCAGUCCUCUUAUCUGGGCGAGAUUGCUUUGCUUGUGCUCCAACUGGGUCUGGAAAAACCUUGGCUUUCGUUUGCCCUAUGCUUAUGAAACUUAAGCAUCCAUCUAGAGAUGGCAUCCGAGCUGUUAUCCUUUGUCCUACACGUGAAUUAGCUUGUCAAUCGAUCAGAGAGUGCAAAAAAAUGGCUAAAGGAUAUAAAUUCCGUAUUAAGUUGAUGACUAAAGAGCUUGUAAGACAGAAUGAUUUAUCAAAUUUUUUUUGUGAUGUACUUAUAUCUACUCCACUUCGAUUAAGGUUGGCUGUGCGGAAAAAGAAGAUGGAUUUAAGCAGGGUUGAGUAUCUUGUCUUGGAUGAAUCUGAUAAGCUAUUUGAGCUUGAGAGCUUGAUGAUAAAGCAGAUUGAUUCAAUAGUAAAAGCAUGCACAAAUCCCUCAAUCAUACUCUCAUUGUUUAGUGCUACUUUACCUGAUUAUGUUGAAGAGAUUGCACGUACAAAAAUGCAUGAUGCUGUUCGAGUUAUUAUUGGCAGGAAGAACACUGCUACUGAAACUGUAAAGCAAAAGUUGAUAUUUACUGGAAGUGAAGAAGGGAAACUUAUAGCACUUCGUCAAAGCUUUGCAGAGAGUCUGAAUCCACCGGUGUUAAUCUUUCUCCAAAGCAAGGAGCGAGCUAAGGAACUCUAUGCAGAACUAUCAGUUGCCAACAUUAGAGUUGAUGUCAUCCAUUCUGAUUUGUCUCAGAUGCAGAGAGAAAAUGCUGUUGAUGACUUCAGAGCUGGCAAAACAUGGGUUUUGAUUGCCACUGAUGUUAUUGCCCGGGGUAUGGAUUUCAAAGGUGUCAACUGUGUGAUUAAUUAUGAUUUUCCAGAUUCUGCUGCCGCAUACAUUCACAGAAUUGGUCGAUCUGGCAGAGCAGGGAGGAGGGGAGAAGCAAUUACUUUUUACACAGAGCAAGAUAUCCCAUUUUUGCGAAAUAUUGCUAAUGCGAUGGCAGCAUCAGGCUGUGAGGUUCCCUCUUGGGCCUUGACAUUGCCCAAACUCAGAUGGAAGGAGCACCGGCCACGAAGAGAUUCAAUAUCAACUAACCAAGAAAAUUAUGGAGAAACUAGUCAGAGAUAGUCUUGCAUUAUAUGCUUCUGGGAUUUUUUUUUUUCUUUUUUUGGUAAAGAUUCGGAGGCAAUAUGCACAAAAGCUUGGAUUAUACACUUUAUCGUUUUAGAUUGUAGUUUACGUUUCUCUUAUGGCCAUUGGCUACAUAUUAAUUUAGAUAUUAAUUUAAGUUCUCCAAGAUUUAUGCUACA